AUGGAGGAGGGAGAGGCAGUAGAACCUGCCAAUGGCGAUUUCACGCUUCUUCGCGUAUCUGAUGAAAAUAUUCCUCUUGCUACCAUUGCUGAAGUUGGAGAUGAAGCUAAAUGGCCGUUGACAAAAGAUGAGCCUGUGGUGAAGCUUGAUGCUCUGCACUAUCUGUUUUCACUGCCGAUGAUAGAUGGUGACCCUCUGAGCUACGGAGUGUCCUUCUCGGAACAAUAUGGUGGCAGUUUGGGCUCGUUGGAUUCAAUCCUGCAAGAACAUUCGUGUUUUUCUAGCUCAUCAUCAUCAACUCAAAAUAAAAAUUUGGAUUGGAAGGAGUUUGCGCCAAGGAUUGAAGAUUAUAACAAUGUUUUGGCUAGAGCGAUUGCAGGAGGGACUGGUCAGAUUGUUAAGGGGAUCUUCAAAUGUAGCAAUGGUUACACCAACCAGCAAUAA